AUGGAGAGUGGAAACCUAUCAGCAGUGACUGAAUUUAUCUUCACUGGCUUUCCCCAUAUCCAGGAUGGGAGCCUCCUGUACUUCUUUCCUUUGCUUUUCAUCUACACCUUUAUUGUCACUGGAAAUCUACUAAUCUUUUUUGCUGUAAGGCUAGACGCUCGUCUCCACAAUCCCAUGUAUCAUUUCAUCAGUAUCUUCUCCUUUCUGGAGAUCUGGUACACCACAGCCACCAUUCCCAAGAUGCUCUCCAACCUCAUCAGUGAAAAGAAGACCAUCUCCAUUACCGGCUGCCUCUUGCAGAUGUAUUUCUUCCAUUCUCUUGGAAAUUCAGAAGGAAUCUUGCUCAUCACCAUGGCCAUUGACAGAUAUGUUGCCAUCUGCAAUCCUCUUCACUAUCAGUUGAUCAUGACCCCUCGGCUCUGUGCUCAGCUCUCUGCAGGCUCCUGCAUCUUUGGCUUCCUUAUCCUGCUCCCUGAGAUUGUGAUGAUUUCAACACUGCCUUUCUGUGGGCCCAACCACAUCCAUCAGAUCUUCUGUGACCUGGUCCCUGUGCUAAGCCUGGCCUGUACAGACACGUCCAUGAUUCUGAUUGAAGAUGUGAUCCACGCCGUGGCCAUCAUCAUUACCGUCCUAAUCAUUGCCUUGUCCUAUGUAAGAAUCGUCAUUGUGAUCCUGAGGAUUCCUUCUGCUGAGGGUCGUCAAAAGGCUUUUUCCACGUGUGCAGGCCAUCUCGUGGUCUUCCUGAUAUUCUUUGGCAGUGUGUCCCUCAUGUACCUGCGUUUCAAUGCCACUUACCCACCAGUUUUGGACACAGCCAUUGCACUGGCGUUUACCGUCCUGGCCCCAUUCUUCAAUCCCAUCAUUUAUAGUCUGAGAAACAAGGACAUGAAGAAUGCGAUUAGAAGACUCUAUCUUCAGAAAAUGUUGAACACGUCUGGAGGUUAA